AUGGCUGGCCAGUCGGUCAGUUUUGAAGUAAUUGCCCGUCUGAUCCUCGAACCCGUCUACACACGAAGUGGCCGACGGGGACUCGGUAUUCCCAUCGCGGCACGCAAUUGGGUGUCCGCAACCGAGACCCAGCUCUCAGUCCCUGCCUGCAUGCCCGUUCAUCUCUUGAUGCCCCAUUCCAUGUGUGCAGAGGCUGCAGAGGGAGACGCUCCCGGUGCCGCGGGUGGAAGCCCUCAGGCCAUCCAUGUCGGCGACUUUAUCCACCUGGAUGCCUGCAUUAGCGGUGCGCAUUUUAUGGAGUCGCGUCGCCCGCUGUACGACAAGCAGCAGCGCAUCUGCUGCCUCGAGUUCAAACCCACCUCCGACUCAGCGAUACCCUCGACACCAGCAGCCAUGGAUGACCUCUAUGAUGAGUUCGGCAAUUUUAUUGGCGAGGAGGCCGACGCAUCUGAGGAAGAGUCCGAGCAUGGCCUGGACGCCGGCGCCUACGUCUACGAUGACGACCAGUCCGAGGCGGCCCACGAGGCCACCGGCCAGGAGCUGAUGGAGGUCGACGAGGACGGGCCCUCCAACGCCGUCAUCCUGCACGAGGACAAGCAGUACUACCCGACCGCCCAGCAGGUCUACGGCGAGGAUGUCGAGACCAUGGUGCAGGAGGAGGAUGCCCAGCCGCUCACGCAGCCCAUCAUCGCCCCGCCCGACACGCGCAAGUUCACCAUCCAGGAGGCCGACCUGCCCCCCGUCUUCUACGACCGCGGCUUCAUGACCGACCUCAUGAACUACCCCGACCAGAUUCGCAACAUCGCCUUCGCCGGCCACCUGCACCACGGCAAGACCUCCUUCAUGGACAUGCUGGUCAUGGAGACCCACGACAUCGCAGAGAGGCUGGAGAAGCGCACCGGAAAGAAGCGGGACCAGCAGUUGCGCUACACCGAUGUGUCCUUCCUCGAGCGCGAGAGGGGCGUCUCCGUCAAGACCGCCCCCAUGAGCCUGGUGCUGCAGAGCACAAAGGGGAAGUCGCACUUGUUCAACAUCCUCGACACUCCCGGCCACGUCAACUUUGUCGACGAGGUAGCCGCGUCCUUGCGCCUGGUCGACGGUGUGGCGCUGGUCGUGGAUGUCGUCGAGGGUGUGCAGGUCAACACCGAGCAGAUCAUCAAGCACGCCGUACUCGAGGACAUCCCCCUGACCCUCAUCGUCAACAAGCUGGACCGCUUAAUACUGGAGCUGCGCCUGCCGCCCAACGAUGCCUACUUCAAGCUCAAGCACGUCAUUGAGGAGGUAAACACCAUCAUCGAAAACACCGUUCCAGGCUCCGGGGAGAAGAGGCGGUUGAGCCCCGAAAAGGGCAACGUCCUCUUUGCGUGUACCGAGAUGGGCUGGUGCUUCACCCUUCAGUCCUUUGCCAAGAUGUACGCCGACAGCUUCCCCGGCGUGAACACGGAUGAGUUUGCCAAGCGUCUAUGGGGUGACGUAUAUUUCAACCCCGGAAAGCGAACGUUUAGCCGGAAGCCUCUGCCUGGCGAAGACCGCGCGAAGCGAUCUUUUGUCAACUUCAUCAUGGAGCCCAUCUACAAAGUCUUCUCACACUCGAUCAGCCAGAGUCCCGAGGACCUGAAGGAGACGUUGGCGACUCUCGGCAUCACCCUCAAGCCGUCUCAGUACAAGACCGACGCAAAGGUAAUAUUGAAACUGGUCUGCGAACAAUUCUUUGGUCCCUCUUCCGGUUUCGUAGACAUGAUCAUUCAGCACAUACCCUCGCCAGUCGAGGGCGCUCAGCACAAGCUGGAGCACUACUAUACCGGCCCGCUCGACACAAAGGUGGCAGAGGCCAUGAAGAAUUGCGACCAAGAGGGACCGCUGGUCGUUCACGUUACCAAGUUGUUCAGCGCCGCGGACGGCAAGAGUUUCUCCUCGUUCGGCAGGGUCAUGAGUGGCAUUGCGCGACCAGGCAUGCAAGUUCGAGUCCUUGGCGAGGGUUAUUCUAUCGACGACGAAGAGGACAUGGUCAUGGCCACCAUCUCGGGAGUCAGCGUUGCGGAAACGAGAUACAGCAUACCAACAGAUGGUAUACCAGCUGGAAAUUGGGCUCUCCUCGCCGGCAUUGAUAAUUCAAUAGUCAAGACUGCGACCAUUAUGCCGCCUAAACUCGAGGACGACGAGGAUGCAUACAUCUUCCAGCCAAUAGCACAUUUCACCGAGUCGGUUCUAAAAGUGGCUGUCGAGCCCAUAAAUCCGUCCGAGUUACCCAAGAUGCUCGAUGGCUUACGAAAGGUCAACAAGAGCUACCCCUUAAUCACUACAAAGGUCGAAGAAUCAGGCGAGCACAUCAUGUUGGGCACGGGCGAGCUCUACAUGGACUGUGUUCUACACGACCUACGGAGGGUGUUUGCAGACAUGGAGAUCAAAGUGUCCGAUCCCGUUACCCGGUUUUGCGAGACGGUCGACGAAGUGUCGGCUACCAAGUGCUACGCCAUCACGCCCAACAAGAAGAACAAGCUCACCAUGGUGGCUGAGCCACUGGAUGAUGGCAUUGCGGAGGAUAUCGAGAGCGGCCGAGUCAAGAUGCGAGACGGCACGCGAAAAGUCGCCAAGUUCUUUGAGGACAAGUACGGAUGGGAUCUACUCGCUGCAAGAAGCAUCUGGGCGUUCGGACCAGAUGAGAUGGGCCCCAACAUACUGCAGGACGACACACUUCCAUCAGAGGUCGAUAAGAGCCUUCUCAAGACGGUUCGAGAGACUAUACGCCAAGGAUUCAGCUGGGCAGCCCGCGAAGGCCCAUUAUGCGAAGAGCCCUGGAGGAGAGACAGGGGCCUCGGCAAGACCACGACACCCAUGCCCUCAAGUCAUGACCAGGCUAUAAUCCAUGCUCGAACACCAGCACAUGCCCCAGUGCAGUGGAGACCACCUGCCCCUCCCUCCCUCUGGCACGCGCGACAGUCUUCACUCCUGCAUAUCAUUGCCAUGUGGCUAUCUUUGCAUUGUCUGGUCUGGACGUACUCUCGUCACGCCAUCCGCAAUACCAAGUUCCGCAUCAUGGAUGCCAGUCUAGCCAACGAGGCCAUUUUCCGUGGCGGUGGGCAGAUCAUUCCCACGGCCCGCCGCACGUGCUAUAGCUCGUUCCUGAUGGCGUCCCCUCGCCUCAUGGAACCCCUCUAUUCUUGCUCCAUGACAGGACCUCAGGACGCGGUUCCGGUUCUGUACAACGUCCUCUCCCGUCGCCGUGGCCACGUGCUCCUCGACGGCCCGGUGGCUGGCACGCCGUUGUACCGCGUACAAGGCCUGCUACCCGUGAUUGACUCAUUCGGCUUCGAGACUGAUGUACGGAUACAGACCCAGGGGCAGGCAAGUGUAAGUCUGGUCUUCGACAAGUGGCAGAAGGUCCCUGGCGACCCACUGGACAAAGACGUGAUCUUACGGCCUCUCCAAGCUGCUGACGCGCAAGCUACGGCACGUGACUUCGUCCUCAAGACCAGGCGGAGAAAAGGACUGAGCGAGGAUGUAAGCGUGGCAAAGUUCCUGGAGCCCGAAUUCUAUCAGAGCCUGAUCGAAAGCGGUGCUCUGGAGACGUAG